AUGUUAUUUCAAAAUCUCUUCUUUUUCGUUUUAUUCUAUCCAACAGUGGUGGAAAUGGUAAGAUUUAAUGAGCACCAUAAACGUCGUCAUAUGUCUUUGUCAACAAUACAUCUAAAUUUAACUGUCAAUGCUGUUUAUAAUAAACUUAAUCAACAUUCAUUAAAUAUAAAUAAUACACGUAUAAUUAGUAUUGAACCAUAUAAUAAAGUUUGGUUUUCAAUUGAAAAUGGAACAAUUUAUGCAUUGCCAUUAUUUAGUGAUUAUUCAGGACCAUUUAAAAUUCAAAUUAAAAAUCCAAAUUUUAUUGAAUUAAAAUUAAAAUUUAAUUUUUCACCAUCAUCAUCAUUAUUUUCACCAUCAAAACAUCUUUUACUUGCUUUAUUUAAUAUAUCAUCAAUAGCAUUUAAUAAUUCAUCAUUAAAUCGUUAUUUUAUCAUUCAAACAUUAUCAUUAGCAUUAAAUUUAAGUGAUUCAUUAUUAACAAUACAUAAAAUAAAUGGUUCAAUGAUAAAAGUUUAUUUUUCAUGUGAUUUAUAUUCAUCAAAAGAUCUUUCAUAUCAAAUACAAACAUUAAUUAAUUAUUAUUAUUCUAAACGUCUAGAAUUAAUGACAUAUUUUUCAUUACCAUUAAUUGAAAUUUCAAUUGUUCGAUUAUCUAAACAAAUAACAACAACAACACCAAUUGUUGAAAUAAAAAAAGCAUUUAUGACAAUACGACCACGUUUAUUUAAUAAUCAAACAAUUAUUUCAUCAAGAAAUAAUCUUAUUUUUUUUGAUCAAUUUUAUCAACCACUUGUUAUUGUUCCAUUAACAAUAAUUUUAAUUGGUUUAUUAAUUUGUACAAUAAUUGCAUUUUGUCUUUGUUGUAAUCGUCAUACACCAUCAUCAUCAUCAACAUUACUUUUAUCAAAUGGAUCAUUUAUUAAUCCACAUAAUAAACAUUUAUAUCAAAAUUAUUCAUAUCAACAGCAUCGACAACAACAAGAAAUUUAUAGAAAAAAACAUUAUGUUAAAGAUCAAAAAGAAUUUAUUUCUAAAGGCAUUCCUGUAGUAUUUGCUGAAGAACUUGAAGAAAAAUUAGAACAGACACAUACACCUUUAGUUAUGCGAAUUGAAAAAGCACCAUUCUAUAAUGAACAGGAAAAAACUGAAUUGGGAAAAGUCAUGCUUUGA